CUUAAUUGAUUCUGCUCCUCAAGGAACCCAAAAAUUCGAGUAAACUUGGACACGCAAUACGGAACACCAGGAGAAAUAGAUUGAUUACUCAUAAUCAGUAACUCUAGCCUACUUACUCGGCCAUUGUGAGCCUUAUCGCCGAGACCCAACCAAUAUCCAUUUAUUGCCACCAGACAAAGAGGCGGCCCUGACAAAUCAUUUGCACGUGUGUCUGCCAACAUUAUUGCCAAACAUCUGUUCCAUUGACUUCCAUAUCACCAUCUCAUCAGCGUACAAACGUUCUUUCGCCUUCAAACAGAUGACUACCUGAAACUGACCUCAGAAGCAGAUUUCGUGUUGUAUUUAUUCUCAGCUAGUCGUCUCGCCACACAUUCUGCUCACUUUUCCAUUGUGAAGCAAUCAAAUCAUCAGAUUGUUUCAGGCGAUGACCUCAUUCACUGCUGCUUCUUUGACCAGUCGUGGUGAUAAGGUCAAUAUGAGUCGUCUGCCGUCUGUUUCGAGUUUAAUGUCCCCCCCAGAGUCCAAGCCCCUCGAGAGCUUCAGUCCCACCACAAUUUCACCGUAUACAAUGUCCCAGGAUCCGCCGUAUAACCAUGAAGUGAGGCUUCCUCCCAUGCCGAGUGAUCACAAGCGAACACAGUCGGAAAUGAACUUGCCAUCGCCGCCAGUCACUCCCUAUACUGGGAAUAAGAAACGGCGAUCAAAUGGACCAGAACCGAUUGAUAAGGAUGUCGUCGUCGGUUCCUCCAGGGACCCUGUUCUCUUUCCCCGCCACGAAGGCCUUACUGAUAUUGCCACUGAUGAGCCGUUGUUUGGGUCCAUGCUCCCCCCAUCUGCGGAAGCGUUGGUUGACCAGCAUAUAAAUUCUCACAUGGCGAGAUUUGAAAAUAAACUUAACAAGCCGACGCGUGACGAAUAUCUUCUAGCUCUUUCAUGCGUGCCGAUUGUAUCUGCCCAAUUUAACCGGAACCCAGCAGCAUGGGCUAGGGAAGAGCGGGAGACCUUAGAACGCCAGCUUUUGAUGAUGAAUCGGUGUCGUCCACGUGCUAUGGAUGCGAAGCUGAAGAAGAUCGCUCCGGCUCCUGCAAAGAGGGCAGUUGCUGCCCAGCCUCGUCUGCAACGGACACCAAGGGUAAAGCGGACCCCAAAGUCCACACCGAAGCAAAGGAUUCUCGAGACAUUUGACUCACCCCCGUCAAGUGCCAAGCCGCCUCGCGCCAUAGGCACAAACCGGGAUGAUACAGAUUACAAUUCCAUCAAGGACUAUUGCCCCUCAAUAGAGACCCUAGGAGGCAACGCAAAGGCACUAAAGGCAGAUUGGAAAGGCCAAGUGUUAGAUCUUAGCCAUGAUCCGGAUCGGCAUUUGCUGAGCUCUGCAGAGCUCAACCUUGCUGCUACUUUAAGACUUUCAUGUGCAACCUACCUAUGCAGCAAGCGUCGCAUUUUCGAAGCCCGGGUGAAGGCUUUGAAUGUUGGUAAGGAAUUUCGGAAGACCGAUGCUCAGCAGGCUUGCAAGAUUGAUGUCAAUAAAGCAAGCAAGCUCUGGACGGCGUAUGAGCGGGUUGGUUGGUUCGAUCCCGAACAUUUCCGACAGUAUCGAAGAUAAUAUGCUUGGAACUGUUGAACCCUGUGGAUCCCGAUAACCUGCCUUCCCCAUUGAUAUACUGGUAAUGAUGCGUCAGAGACGUGGUCGCAUGUCUGUACCAUCAUUGGUCCAAUUGCAUUUCUCAACUCACAACUUUCGCGCCCGUCAAUUAGCCAUCGGAUAUUGGUACGGUACUUACAUUUGUCACUGAGCAUAGCUGGAUUCUCUGCAACAAGUGGCAAGACUGCAUACGGUGUUAUAUUGCUCUUUCUUUCCCCCAUUUCCCUUUCGCUGCGUUAGGCCAUCAGAUACGGAUGUUAUUGAUUCGAUUCAACACUUGGCGUCUUCGGACAGCUUUCAAUUACCCUCAUUUUUUGUCUGGCGUUAUUAUUUCUCAAGGGCUGGAACAAUUGGCUGCGAUAGGUUAGGUUUUGUCUCUCACGUCGUUCUCCUGAUCAUUAUGCCGUCGGCUUGCCAUGGCGUCUAGUUUUCAUU